UUCUCGAAAUGUGACUGCAAAUUUCGGAUCUGCUAAUGUGACAGGCUCUUGCAAAGACAUUAACCAUACAACAAUUAGCUUAUCUCCGGGAACAAUUUACAUCGUUAGGGCCAAACAAAAGCGGAUGUGUAUCUCUACAGAACUUCAAAACGGCUAUGGCGAAGUUCGCCACUGAUGCAAUGAAGGAUUCGAGGGUUUUGGAUUUUGUCAAUACGGUGAGUUCUCUCCAAUAUAGGAAAAUGGAUUUCGAAGAAUUCUGUGCUGCAGCGAUAAGUGUUCAUCAGCUAGAAGGAAUGGACAGCUGGGAACAGCAUGCUCGACGUGGCUACGAGUUUUUUGAGAAGGAUGGAAACAGGCCUAUCAUGAUCGAGGAACUCGCUUCGGAGCUCGGCCUUAGCCCUUCGGUUCCAGUUCACGUAGUUCUGCAGGAUUGGAUCAGACACUCGGAUGGAAAGCUCAGUUUCUUGGGGUUCGUUCGGCUUCUGCAUGGUCUUUCUGCCCGCGCCCUUCAAAAAGCUUAAGACUAUAACUUCGCGGGCUACCUCGGGCCUUUCUGUGUUUGGAUCAUUCUCUCUCAGAGAUAAAAAAGUAUUCCUGAGAAGCACACUUGAAGAUCAAGAAGCUGUAACAUCUUCACUUGUCAGUAUGCAAUCUUUUUUUUUUUUUUUUUUUUUGGGAAUUUUUUUUUUUUUUUUUUUACUUUAUUUUCUUUGAUUAUGUGAUGCCAUGAAGCAUAGAGGAAUGUACAGAAGAGAUAGAUUAUAUGACAGAAUGUAUGUAGGGUUAGUAAACAGCACCAUGCUGAAAUGAGGUUUGGUGGCAGGUGUAUUCCUUGUGCACUCGAUUCCUCAGUACUUAUUUUGUUGGAUGUUGUGUUCUAUAUUCUUGAGUAUAUAUACCAUUGUAUCAGACUUUUUUUUUUUUCAA